AUGUUUUUUUGCUCUUGGUUUUUACCAGAAAAUUUAGUCGGCAAUGUCUUUUCGUGUUUAAUUAAAAAUGCUCUUACCGAAAACUUUGAUUUUGCGGAUUAUACAUUUGACAGUUAUGUAUUCCCUGAUGCGGUUUUUCCACUAAUUUUAUGGGCUGGUGAACCUCCAGAAGAACUUGGAACGACCAAUGGACUAGAAUCGUUCCACCGACAUUAUAACUCACAGUUUUACAUUUCACAUCCUUCUAUUCAUGAAGUUGUUAAUAUAUUGUUAGACGUCCGAAGUGAAACUUAUUUAAAAAUUAAAAGUAAUAAAAAAAACCUCGAAAAGAACGAGAAGAUAAAUUGA